AUGUAUAGAAAUAUACUAACGGCACACUCUGCAUUUCUUCUCGUCAGAUCCGUCUCCGCAGCCGUCCCUUCCGGAACAGAGGAUGGCCGUGGACCUACACCGACCGUUGCCGCACCUGAAAGGGCAGUAGUGGCUGUGGCCAGUUCCGGUGCAAGCUCCUUCCGGUUCGUCGCUUCCGUCCGGGCAGGUCAAGAUGGCGUUGCAGAACUCGUGUCCUCCGACGCAUGUACCAACAAUGAAUGCAAGAUAUACACUUUGAUAGCGACAUCUCAACCUACCCCUGUUGGCUACGUCCCUGCAGUUGACCUCAUCCUCUCCGGCGGGGCAGUCCGGGACCCCGUUGCACCGGAGGCCAGCGGAGAUGCACAUGUGUGGCCUACUUCUUGCACACCUGAAGGCCGCCCUCGGGCAGUGGCCCGACCUGCACUCCUCGUCCGAGCCGUCGCUGCAGUCCGACCGUCCGUCGCAGACCAGGUACCAGCUGAUGCACUCUCCGCUCCCUCGGCACUGCCGGCAUUCACAACAUUCAGUCAAUUAAGGAAUAUUAUCAGAAAUCUAAAUUAUAUAAAUAAAUAG